GCUGAUGAUUUUUAGCUUAGCUUGACACCAGUAAAUGUUGUUAGCUUGUGUUAGUAGCCAUCUGUUUCUUAGCUGUGAGUCAGCGGCUGCGUACUCUCAUGAAGAUGAUUCAGCCGGAUGAAAAUGUACCAGUCAUGGCGGACAUCUCCAAUAAGGACAACAACACCUACAACCUGCUUUAAGAGUUUGCACCGUGGCGGCAUCCUGAGCGGAGACUCGGUCUUUGCCGCGGACCCCCUAAAUGCCUUUCAUUGAGAAAAGGCUUCGGACGUUCAGUGUUGUGAAUGUGUACAAGCAACAGAUUACCUGAUUAAGAUGGGUAAUAAACAAACGAUAUUUACUGACGAGCAACUUGAUGCCUACCAGGACUGUACGUUCUUUACCCGCAAAGAAAUUCUUCGAUUGCACAGCAGAUAUCAUGAAUUGGCUCCACAUCUCGUCCCCAUGGACUACACCAACGAUCCUGACUGUAAACUGCCUUUAGCCUUAAUAGUCAACAUGCCAGAAUUAAACGAAAAUCCUUUCCGCAACAGGAUCGUAGAGUCGUUCUCAGAGGACGGGAUGGGGAACCUCAGCUUCAAUGAAUUUGUGGACAUGUUUUCAGUCCUCAGUGAAAUGGCUCCUAGGGAACUAAAGGCCAUAUAUGCCUUCAAAAUAUACGAUUUCAAUGUGGAUAAUUACCUGUGCAAAGAGGACCUGGUAAAGACUUUGAAUAGGCUGACGAAGGAGGAGUUGACUCCUGAAGAGGUGGUGCUGGUGUGCGAGAAAGCCAUAGAGGAGGCGGAUUUAGACGGAGACAACAAACUCUCCUAUGCUGACUUUGAAAACAUGAUUACCAGGGCUCCAGACUUUUUAAGUACCUUCCAUAUACGAAUCUGAGAGGGCACCGUGGAAGGUCAAAGGUCGGCAGCGUUGUGAACCUCAGGAUUUUAGCUGCACCUGUCCUGGCCACAGCACAGUGCCUGUCUCCCACUCCAAUGGUCAAAAAAAUGUUUGCAAUCAGACUUUUCUGGCCUCAGUAAAGUCUGUUUAGCAGUAAAGGAUAUUACUGGAUACAUUUGCAAGGACACAGAAUUUUUUUAUUGCAAAUUAAAAUGUAUUUUCCUUUUACCAGCUAUAAAAGGGCUCGGCAAGGACUGGUCUCUUGUUGGAAGAAACAGACUAUUCUUUCCACAUUUUAAAGUUAAAAUAUUAUAAAUGAAACAAGUCUGUAAUGAGCUAGACUUUGUAUUAAUGCAUAUUAAGCUCAGUCAAGAAUGCAUAAAAUGCUCAUCUACCUAUCUUGUACAUGAGAUACAGAAUAUAUAUAAAUAUAUAUAUAAAUUCUUCCCACAAUGACACACAACAUAUUUAGUGUUUAUAAGGUUAAGGGCAAAGCUUGAAGUGAAUAAAAGCACAGCAUUGGCAUUAAGGGCAUCCAGAUAUUUUAUAUGCAAUAUUUGUACAUGCAGUGUGUUGCUUUUAAUCAUUUGGGGUUGUGUUUUUGCUUGUGGAGCUGAUCACGACAAUCAUAUCUUACUGUUUUUCAGAUACAUGAAGGGCUCUGUCGUCUGAACAAAUGUUGGUAGCUUUUUCUGCUUCAGCCAUUAUCACAAGAUAACAAAUACAGCCAUCUUUUGGAUAUACAUGUUACAGUAUUUUAUGUGACUUCAGGUAUUUGUCUUACUUUUAAUAAAUGUUUUUUUUUCUGUCUUGA